ACGGUACAAUCGUAAAAUAAUCGAUUAAUCAAUCCUGCUACAAUGUCCAUCCACGAAGCCAGUGUAAUCUUCACGACGAUCCGAUUUCUACGGCAGAAGUGUUUAUUGCUGCCUACUGGAUGGCGUCCUUCUGCUGGAUCCUGCUGCUCGGUGGUUGGUUCGUGGCCAACCACCUUCAUACGGUGAUUGGGACAAACCUCCUGACAAGCUUCGAAGUGCGCCAUGGAUAUAUUUAUCCACCGAAUGUUACCGUGGCAGAAGGUGAAGUGAUGCAUUUGCGCCUGCUCGUACCAAUGCAGGAGGGUGAUCGUUGUUUGUAUCGCGAACCCGGUUCACCGACGGAUGUGGACGUGCAUGGUGUCGAGCGUGAUUUUACUACCCAUCGGAAGGUUUCGCACGGGAAAAUGGUUCGCUUUGGUGAGGCUGAAUGUAGCAUUCGUGUUAAUCCGGUACAUCAACGAGAUGGUGGCUUUUGGCGGCUGACAUUAGUCCGUGGUGUGGAACGUAUACGCGGCGUAACUAUGGUUGACGUUAUCGAACGUCCUUCCGUACCGGAAAUUGGAAUCGGAGGAGGAGCUGCCGGUGCAGCUGUAAGUUCGCUGGACGAAAUAAGUCCCGAACGUACCGAGUACUGUUUUGUGCUGCGCCAGGAUACGGCCAGUGAAGGUGCGGCCAGCGUGCCAAUGUACGAACGGUGCCAUCUACCGCUGAGUGAAACCGAUCCAACCGGUGCAGGCGUUUGGAGUGUGAUUGCCGGUGUACAAGGACAAAUGCGGGAGAUGACGUACGGAAUACAUAUCGAGAAUAAAGCGGAACAAAUUGUAACGACUGUCCACAAGGAAUCCGACUAUCAUGUACUUUCGUGUAAUCUACUGUACACCAAUCUAAUGCUGAAGUUCUGCCGCUUUGUACGCCUCGCGGACGGAUUGGGUUUGAACGUCAUCCCAGGCAUUGGGACAUCACGCUACGGCUACAUCGGUGCCGGUUUCGAACGAAACGAGUGCGGUCUGGAAAUUCUCGGCCCGGAAGGGCUCGAUAAGGGCACGUGGAAAUGUUUGCUAGGUUAUGGUGAUGACUCACUAACCAAAGUGUCCGGUGCGGUUGUGGACAAUUCCGACAUUAAUCCACCGUUGGCGAUAAUGCGGCCGGACGAGAUGGUAACGGCCCAGAACGGUUCCAUGGCAUCGUUACAGUGCAACGCAAAUAAACCAAUCGAUUACUGUUGGUUUCGUGGACCGCACGGACAAUUCUAUUCGCUCUCGGAGAGUCUCACGGCGGAGCGUAACGAUGGCCACUACUGGUACGGUGGCAUUUCGCUAGAGAUGGGCGAAUGUGGCAUUACGUUCGCUAACAUUUUCGCCGACGAACAUGCCGGCCAGUGGCACUGUUACGUGGGAAGCAGACACGUUACAGCGCUGGAAGUGUCCGCCACGUUCCAGGUACGCAUAUCAAGCUCACAGAUGAUUUCCCAGUCCGAUCGUGUGGAGGUUGGGCUUGAUUUUCCAGCCUUGCUCGGCUGUGACUCCAUUCCUCGCGGUACACCACUGCAGUACUGUCGCUUUGUAACACCGACCGGGCAAGCGUUCAGCUUGAACGAAAACAUAACCACCGAUCGACCCAUCCUCAAUCGGUUCUAUUCCAAUCCAAACCAUAACCUAGCGAAAGGUUCCUGCUCGCUCGUGAUUGCUUCGGUGCAGAUGGAAGAUUUUGGUGAGUGGAUUUGCGCGGGCAAGAUUGAAGGCCAUCCGAUGGAGCACAUCUACGGCAUUGUGCUGCACAACCGUGAUGAACAAAUACCAUCCGAUGGUGAACCGGAACCGGCUGGGGGAACGCUUUCUGCAGCUUCCAUUGGCGGUAUGGUGAUCGGAGCAGUGGCUGUAAUCGCUGGCGCUGUUGCCAUCGGUUACUGGCAGUUCCGGAAACGAUUGCAUCGUCAAACGGUCACUGCAAAUGAGGAAAUUCAAAUGCGUACGAUCGAACUGCAAGAAGACCUAACUAGGACGGAACAAAGGAUUAGUAUAAUCAGCUCAAGAAGCGAUAGCAGCAGCACAAACAGCAAUACAAAUCUGCAAGGAACUACUCUUUAGUGCUUGGUUCCAAUUAAAGACAAACUAUUCUGCUCCUGCAAAGCAACGUUGCUGAUUUAUUUUACAUUUACACAUACAUUAAAUUUAAUUACAAUGAUGAAUGUAAUUAAGUCCGGAUUUACAGCUUUAUACUCUCCUUUCGCAUUUGAAUGUUGCGCAAUAGACAUAUAUCGGACAUUGCAAACUGGCGGCCACUCGGUGUGUUGAGAUCGUACAAUCUGUAACGAUGUGGGAAAGAAUGCAUACACCAAUGUAUUAUAUUAAACAAUCAAUAAAAACCAAACAAA